AUGGCUGCCUCUGUUGAUCCUCUUGUUGUUGGUCGUGUUAUUGGUGAUGUGGUUGAUAUGUUUGUCCCUGCUGUAAAAAUGUCUGUUUAUUAUGGAUCAAAGCAUGUUAGCAAUGGGUGUGAUAUUAAGCCUUCUUUGUCCGUGGACCCUCCCAAAGUGACCAUUUCUGGCCACUCUGACGAGCUGUACACUCUGGUGAUGACUGAUCCUGAUGCACCCAGCCCUAGUGAACCCAGAAUGCGAGAGUGGGUUCAUUGGAUCGUUGCGGACAUUCCUGGGGGCACAAACCCUACUCGAGGGAAAGAGAUCCUUUCCUAUGUUGGGCCUCGUCCGCCGGUGGGAAUUCAUCGCUACAUACUGGUGCUUUUCCAGCAGAAGAUGCCGCUGGGGAGCAUGGUGGAACCACCGCAGAACCGUUCUCAUUUCAACACUCGACUCUAUGCUGCUCAUUUGGACCUGGGCCUGCCUGUUGCCACCGUCUACUUCAAUGCUCAGAAGGAGCCAGCAAAUAAGAGGCGCUAA